GUUGCAGUAUAUAUACAUAUUGGAUGUAUCCACAUACUCUUAUAGUGACCACUGGAAGGCAUUCUUGAACGCAAACUCUGGGUUAUCAUAGAGAACAAAAACCUUUUCUCUGGCCACGAUGCCAACAUGCGGCGGCUUGAGGAGUAGUCUUGGGAUCUUCCUACGUAAAGGAACCUCGAAGAAAGCAGUUUUAAGAUACUAGAACAAGGGUAUCGGUCACAAAAAGGCGUGGAACAUCGCCUGCAUGGUCCAGAAUGUGCUAAGUGCGUUCAUAGAUUGCCUCUCCUGCCAUUUUAUUAUCUGUAAUUUCAUUUCAGUGUCAAUAGAACAGAGCUGGAUGACAAUCUAAAAUAUGAAAAAUGUAUAUUGCAAGAAACAAAAAUAUAAGUUAAAACUUGUAAUACUUUAGAACUAAAUCCGUUUGUAAAUUGAAAACUUAUUUUGAGUGCAUUUCUAGCUCUUUUAUCAUCGUCGCCUGCUAUUCCGAUCACAAUACGUCACGACCAGAUCGGCCCACAAAUCUUUAUUUGCAGACGUACAUAUCUGUAAGUUUGGAGAUAUACAGUCAUGAAAAAUAAUAGAAACGGCAUUUACGGUAUUUCUAUAUAUUUGAAUUUUUACGGUGAUAAGAUGUUUUAGAGGUGAUUUUUACAAGAUUUUACAAGCCAAAAACUGCUGGAAAUCGUGGCAUCCUUUUGUGGCUGUGCUAACUCUUUCAAAAAACAUCAGGCAGUCUUUUGGGCUGACUAACAUGACCUUGUUUUGAAAGGUGGGUGUUGCCGAAAAGGCAAUAUCCUUAAUUGUCCCUAAGGAUCUGGGAUACUCUUUCGAUCCUAAGGAGCCGUGGCACGCCCUGAUCGGACUUAAAAUGAUGGACUUUCGACGAUGGUUAAAUCCAUCAUGAUUUAAUUAUUUACAAUGCCAAAAGAUCAGACGCUAUAUCUCGGCCAAGUAGGCCCAGGUGAAGGACCUAAGUCCUCGUCCUGUCCUGGCUGUCUUGCUGCGGGCCAUAGCCAUGAUGCCGCUGCUGUGUCGUUGAGUCAAUAAUGUGGCGUUGGCGUCGUUUCCACUGCAGCAGGGGCCAGUGAUGGAUGGUGGUAUGGUUGAUUCAAGUCCACGGGAAAUGUCAGUACCCCCUCAUUCGUACGUCGCCGAAUCAAACGCUGGACCUUUGCUUUAAGACGCAGAACUUAUGUACCCUACGCUUUCCUCCGCCAGACGGAGUCCUGUCUAAGCAUUACCGAGGCGCAUUCGAGACAGACCGAGGCCUAUUCCAGCCAGAGAGAAUCGUAACCCAGCAGAACAGAACCGCACCCUUUCCAAGAUCCGAACAUAACAAGUCAUCGUCAUCCUUCGACCUGGCCAUCGACAACUAUCUCAAGGACUUUGGCUAUGGCAACCAAGACAGAAACUACGUGGACUUCUAGACUCUAGAUAUGUAUAUCACGUAUUUGUUAGGUUUAAGGAUAUACCCGUCCAUGCAUUUAGAAACUAGAUUAAAAUGUUUAUUUAUUUAUGCUAAGCUAAGUUUUGAUGAAUAAAACUAUUGAAAAAUCA